AUGAAGUUCGCAAAAGAUUUGGAGCGUGAUCUCGUUCCCGAAUGGAGGGCCAAGUAUCUCGACUACAAGGCCGGCAAGAAGAAGAUCAAAGCAAUCAAGCGAGCCAUCCAAAAAUCAAGCCGAAGCCCUCACGCUCCGUCUUUUCGACAGUCCACACCCCGUAGCGCGGCUCGGCCACCUUUCACUCCCUCCACAUCGGGCCGACGAUUCAAUGAAGCGGAUCAAGAUGAUUCGACGGUUUUGAACUCAGCCGACUAUGGCUCGGACUCCCUCCGGAACCCAGCAACAAGCCCAAGGGCUGAGCGACAGCCACUACGGACGCCCGGAUUGCGGCCCUCGGACACACUCGUCAGUUAUGGUAGUAUUAUCGCGACGCCACCUAUGCACGGUUCGGAUAGGGCGUCCUUUGAGCUGCCGGAUCCUGCGCUGGAUCCCGAGGGAGGGUUAACGUCCCCGGGCAGAGAGACGAGCCCCCGCCGUAAGCGGGUUUCAUUGCCUUCUCCUGCAUUGGAACGGCGCGCUACCGUGGCAACUCCGUCGAAUCAGAAUGCAGGCGACAGCCCAGCAGAUAGACCUAAUUCUUCCCUGCCUCGCAAGCCAUCCUUCAGUAGUCUGCAGAACCUGCCAGGUGCAGAACUGACGAAGUCUCACUCGAAGAUCCUCAAAACUCUACGCUCACUGACUGACAGCGAGUCGGCGCCAAAAAGGACAUCCGCCAACCCGGCCAAUGAGGUGGAUAAGCGCCAAGAUGAGUUCUUCGAAUUCAUGGAAUCGGAGCUGGAGAAGAUCAACGACUUCUAUCUGAAGAAGGAAAAGGAGGCGACGGAACGAUUAAAGAUCUUGCGCGACCAGCUGCACAUCAUGCGAGACCAGCGGGUUCUGGAGGUCAUGGAACACGGGCGCACGGCGAAAAAAGAUGCCGCUGAACUCGCGCACCAGAAUUCUGGGCUGGGGAAGCUCAACGGAUCUCGUCUCAAAAACACCAUCACCGGGAAGUACCGUUUCGGUAAGAACACACGGGCUUUGACGGAGAUGGCCACACCGAGGAUGCCUGCACAAGAUCAAGGUGUCAAUGGGCGGCGUGAUUUUUCUCGUCAUGAGCAACCCCUUGCCAAUGAUGUGUCAUAUCGGACCGCCAAGCAUAAACUAAAAUAUGCCUUGCAGGAGCUCCAUCGAGGGAUGGAACUGCUGAAGGACUACGCCGUGCUGAACCGCCAAGCCUUCCGCAAAAUGAACAAAAAAUAUGACAAGGCUGUGAAUGCUCGGCCGAUGAUGCGAUUCAUGGAAGAGAGAGUCGACAAAGCGGAUUUUGUCAAAAGUGGCGAGAUUGAAAAGUUGAUGGUGGCUGUGGAGGAUCUGUACACCCGGUACUUCGCGCGUAACAACCGGAAGAUUGCCCUCUCCAAGCUUCGUCAUUCGACAAAAACCUCGGGUGACUUCUCUGGGAAUACUUUCCUGGCGGGGUUGUUCAUGAUGGCAGGUAUACUCUUCGCUAUCCAGGCGCUUGUGUAUGCCAACCAGCAUUUACAUUCGGCGGAGGCGUGGAAAAAGACCCAAACAAGCUACCUCCUACAGAUCUACGGUGGCUAUUUUCUAAUCGUCUACCACGUCUUCCUAUUCAGUUUGGAUUCCAUGAUCUGGACGAAGUCAAAGAUCAAUUAUGCAUUUGUUUUUGAAUAUGAUACCAGGCACGCUCUCGAGUGGCGCCAGUUGCUAGAGGUAACUUCAUUCUUCAUGUUUCUUCUCGGUCUCUUCAUGUGGCUUAAUUUCUCUUGGUUCAACGCCAUGUAUAUAUAUUGGCCUGUGGUUCUCAUGGGUGCCACACUCAUAAUUCUUUGCUUCCCAUAUCCGGUUCUGUACCACCGGACUCGAAAGUGGUUUGGCGUGUCGAAUUGGCGUCUUUUACUUGCCGGCCUGUAUCCGGUUGAAUUCCGGGACUUCUUUCUGGGCGACAUGUAUUGUUCCCAAACAUACGCUAUGGGGAACAUUGCACUGUUCUUUUGCCUCUACGCCUCAAUGUGGAACCAGCCGAGCCAUUGUAACUCAUCCCAUUCUCGGCUUCUCGGGUUCUUCACCUGUUUCCCCUCGGUGCUCCGAGCCUUUCAAUGUAUUCGCCGUUAUGUUGACACCCGGAACGCCUUCCCCCAUCUGCUGAAUUUGGGGAAGUACAUAUUUGGAGUCUUGUACUACGCCACGCUCAGCAUGUACCGUAUCGAUCGACACCCCCGUUUCCAGGCAGUUUUCAUCACAUUCGCACUUCUGAACGCGGUAUACACAUCAGUCUGGGACCUGAUAAUGGACUGGAGUCUGGGCAACGCCUUCGCCGCACACCCUUUUCUUCGCGAAAACUUAGCCUUCCGGAGAGCCUGGGUCUACUACGUCGCCAUGGUUAUCAACGUCGUCAUUCGAUUCAACUGGAUCUUCUACGCGAUCUUCGUUCACGACAUCCAACACUCCGCCAUCCUUAGCUUCAUUGUGGGCUUGACCGAAGUCUCUCGCCGCGGCAUCUGGACCAUCUUCCGUGUCGAAAACGAGCACUGCACAAACGUGACCCUGUUCCGUGCUUCACGGGACGUGCCCCUGCCCUACGACAUCCGUCCCGCAACACCGGGCCUCGACGGGCCUGGCGAAGACGACGUGAUGCUCCAGGAACAACAAACGCCGUUUAUCGCACCGGACGAUCCCGAGCAAGCCGCUCCAUCCACGCCUAGUCUGCGGCACAGGAACCGACGGCCCUCUGCCAGUGUGGCUCGCGUCGGGGCGAUCUUUGCGGAGGCCCACGCGCAGGACUUUGAGAGGCGGCGCUUGCCGAGAUCGUAUUCUCACAGGUCUGACCGAUUGGACGAAGGACGUCGUGAUAGCUCAGAGGAUUCCUCGGACGAGGACGAUGAUGCUGUGGAGGUAUCAACAGAUGAGGAUCUGGGGCUGACGGUUAAUGGGGGCGAGGAUGCACGGGCUGAAGCGGGACGCUCGCCGAUGCAGCGGAUUGUGGAAUAA